AUGUCUGCCCAGUCUUCAACAUCAGAUGCGCGCCCCUGCCUGUUCUCCAGAGGGAGGUUGCAGUUGGAAGUCUACACUUGGAGGAUCCAAGAAGCUGUUCUGGCACUGGAGCCUGACCCAGAUCACUUCACCAAGGUCCGUUGGGAGGAAGGCUUGCGCCGGGAGAUGUUUGCCGUCAGGGGUAUCUGUGACGACCUCGCGUUGGCGGGUCAUGCUGACCAUAUUGACCAUGGCGGAGUUAUCGCCAGUGUCCUCACCGUCUGCACUUUCAAUCGCGAAGUUCUGCACCCCAUCAGCAUUGACAUCAAGGCGAUUCCACGCCCCACCACCCUCGUUCCUCAUCCUAAGAACCUACUCGAGGAUUCACCCGACUACUGGUAG